UAACAAUAAUAAAAUUUACUUAUUACUCAAACACUAUAUUUUUCAGUUCUCUUGAAAAUAUAAAUCUGCUACUUAUCCUCGAUGGAAUCAAAAGUCCAAGGGAUGACUACAGUUGAAGCCGAAGAAGAUAACCAAGUUGUUAAAAUCACAAGCGACAACACCAAGGAUGAGUGGUUGAUUUCUAUAGAUAAAUAUGUUCACGAAAAAACAAAGAAAACCCCAAUAGAAAGGGUUCCAUUACUGCUGCGUAAGCAUAAAUCAUACAAAAAUUGUUGUGAACCUCUCUUAGUUUCAAUCGGCCCUUAUCAUCAUGCAAAUCCAAAGUUCCAAGCAUUCGAGAAGAUGAAAAUUCCAUUUGCGCAGAAAUUCUGUCAUGUCUGUUGUGAUCAAGUUUCCAUCGAGCAGUUAUAUGAAGAGGUGGCAAAGGUGGGUAAAAGUGCCCGCGAAUGUUAUGAGGAAGACCCGACUGCUCGCUAUGACGAUGAAUUGUUCAACAGAAUGAUGUUUCUUGAUGCUUGCUUUGUGCUUCAUUUUAUGUUCAUCUUACGGAUGGAAAAUUCUUCCAAUUGGAUGGAUAAGGAACUAAAAGACGUAUAUGAACAACUGUAUAAGAAUUUAUACCAUGUGGUGGGGGACUUGUUCUUGCUAGAGAAUCAAAUUCCUUUAGUAGUACUAAAUGUUUUGAUGAAAUUCAUGAAAAAAUUUAAAGGAAAUUAUAUUGAGAAUUUCCUUGAGCUGUUCUCCAUAGAGCCACCUCAAACAAAUUCAUGCACUGAUGCUGUCAAGAAUUUUCUUAAACAAAUGACGGGAUGCUGCUCUGAAAGUAAUGCAAAAGAGAAACCAAAUUUGGACGAAAGCCCUCAUCUUCUACAUUUUUUGCGGGAAAAGCUCAUCUUCCCUCUUCAGCCUAAAGGAACAAAUCAGGAUGCAAUGCGCCGGGAAUUGUAUCUUUCAGUAACCGAGCUCAAAUCAGCAGGAAUUUUUUUCAUACCAAGUCAAACUCGAAAUCUUACUGUUGUAGAGUUCAAAUCUCGCCUUAUUUAUGGUAUUCUUUCACUUCCUCCAGUCAGGGUUGAUGAUGUAUCAAAAAAUAUCCUAUUGAACUUGGUGGCUUAUGAAAUGUGUCCCCAUGGCCCUCCUGAUUUGUACAUUACGUCAUACAUUUGUCUAAUGAAUUCACUCAUUGAUCAUGCUGAUGAUGUUAAAGAGCUCAAGAAGAGAAGAAUUCUUAUCAACCACUUAGGCAGUGACGAACAAUUGGCAGAAUUCUUUAAUGAGUUGUCUACUGAUUUGGCACCUGAUAUUUUUGCGUAUGCAGAUGCUAAGUCGCAGAUUGAUGAACAUUGCAAGCAAAAAGGACACAUCUGGAUGGCUGAAUGGAUUCACAAAUAUUUUACCAGUCCUUGGACUCUCUUGGCUUUUCUAGGUGCAAUUUUCGCCCUUGCCCUUACUAUGGUACAGACAUAUUUUGCUGUUUAUCCGCGCCAAACCUGAGAAGACAAGACUUCCUAAAUCAAUGUUCUCGAAUAAGCUCCUCAGUUGCAAAAGUUUGGUAUUCUACUGUUUGUUUCCAUUGUUGUGCGUUCUUAAUCGUAUGCUGGUGUAAUAAUAGAAUGAUGUUCCAGUUGAUCCAACUUUCUCGAUUCGAUUCU